UAGAACAAGUAGUAAAUAUAGUUUUGAUAGUAAAUACGAUUAUGGGACAGAGGAAGUCAAAAAUGCUUUGGAAACGAAGACGAAGGAGGUAAAAUUUGAUGAGCAAACCGAAAUUUUGGAUGAGGAGUUUAACAAGGCUUUGGAUGAUAAAAAUAGAAUAAUUGAAGGUCAAUUAGCGAAAAUUAAUGAACUUAAAAAUAGGUUAGCUGAGUCGGAAAAUAAACAUGAAGACCAGCCCAAAAGAGAAAAACACCAAAAUUGUAGGAUUAAGGAUGAAUAUAUUAACGAAUUAAAAGACGACAUUAGAGAAUUAAGGAGACUUAGGGAAAUUGACCUUGGUAAAGAGGAUACAAAAACAAUUACUAUUUUAAGAUUGGGGCAAGAAAAGGAAGAUUUAACCAAAGAAAAUAAAGAACUUAAAGAGGAACUACAACUUACUAACGAGGUAGCAAAAGAACUGCAAGAAAUUGUCGACGAUAAUGAGAAAAUUUUAAAGCAAAAUCAAGAUAUUAUUUGA